GUUUUGCCUGUAUUUCUCUGCCCACAACGCUCAUCAUAAACGACUAUUUCCCUGAUAAUUUUGUCAUGAUGAACACGCUUUCCUUGUAUGGUCUGACUGCAGGUGCAGCUUUCAUACCGUUCAUCGUAGAAAGAUCGGAAGAGGCUUACGGGUACCACGGAAGUUUUCUGAUCAUAGCCGGUAUUGGUUUUCACGUCAUGGUGUGUGCUGCGGUAAUCCGUAAACCAAUUAUGAAGAAAAUUAAAAGUCAUUGUCCUGAAGCUAAGACGAUGGGACUGGCUCGAACAGAUAGCGAGAUGACAAGUAAGCUUAUACGACCGAAAAAUAACAGCGCUCUGGAAUCAAGGGGUGAAGAUAUUCCUUCUCAGAAACAUCAGUCAACCAGUACAGGAUCUGAUCAUUUAGAGAUUGGGUUUGAUGACGUUGAUGCUGCUGUGACCACUGAACACUUACCACUGAUCACCGAAGAAGACAACGACGAACCGGCGGGGGUGUCUGCAGGGACAUCGAAGGGCAAUGCCGAACCUUGGUAUAAGUUCUGUUUCACAGGUCUCACCUUUCAUGACUGGCUGGUCUUGUUUAACAUGCCAUCGUUUUACAUCUUCUCAUACGCAUUGUACGGUUGGCUGCUGUUCUUGGUACCCCAUGCCGAAUCCCUUGGAAUUAUCAGUUCCCAUGCGGUAUUUUUAUCCUCCUUGGCAGGUAUUGGAGGUAUCUUAGGAAGAACAGUGUUCAUUAUUCUCAUUUCUAAAAACGUCGAUCCUUUAUUGAUAUACAUCCCCGUCAGUAUUGUCUGCACCCUGACUUUUCUCCUUGACUUCGUCGGAUCAGGGUAUCAUGUUCGGGCCGGUUUGGCGUUCGUCCAAGGCAUUUGUUUCUUUACUGAAGAUACUAUGCCUCUUGCCGUGGUAAAGAAGAUUGCAUUAGACCCAGACAAAUUCAGACGAUUUUCUGCAAUGGUAUUUUUAUGUUUUGGAUUAGGAGCAACUUCAGCAGGUUAUAUGACAGGAUUUCUGUUCGACAUUACUCAGUCCUACACCAAGGUCUUCAUGUUCAUCGGUGUUCUUCACAUUGUUUCUUUGGUAAUCUUGAUCACCACCGUUAUCUUAUUGAGAACUCAUUCACCGAGGAUCACCACGGAAGGGAACAACUUUGAACAUUCCUUCUAUGGAGGCAUCGCGAAAUCGUUUGGUGUUCUUCUCAAUGAGAUGGUGGUGAGAUUAAACUCAAGCUACGCCAUUGUUGGGUUCAUCUGCAGCCUAUCAAGUACCCUCACGUACCUCGCAGUCUUGGCCAUAUAUUCUUCCAAGCAACAUGAUUAA